GCUAAACACACGCGCUACCGCGGACGCAGUCAGCUUGAAGCUCGCUGAGUACUCGUCCACUCUCGAUCGGUCACUGGGGUGGGUUCGAAAUGGUCAAGAGAAGGCGAAGCAGCGGCUCUCCUGCCUCUGCGGAUCCGGGGGCAGCAGAAAACUCGUCAACUUCUUGCAGCCAGUCACCCGACCAGCCACCAGCAACAGCAGUAGAAGAGGCCACGAACGCGAAACACCGACAAGGAUGCGAGGACGUAAAGGAGGUGGAGGAGGAGGGACACGAUACACCUGCAGGAGCCGGUCAGGAAGGCGGCGAGGCAGGCGAAAAACGAAGGCGAAAACGAACGCGCACCCGGAAAAAGAAGAAGGGCGGCGGCGGUGGUGGUGAAGGUGCCGAUGAGGAGGGCGAGGGCGAGGACGCGGCCGCUGGUGGAGGAGGCGGCGGAGUUGUCGGGGGAGGAGGAGGGGGGGGGACGAUCGCGGACACUGUUUACGUCGAGGGCAUCCCUUGGACCUGCGACGAGAGCGACGUCCGCGAGUUCUUCAAGGGCUGCGGCAAGAUCACCGACGUGCGGAUGCCGAGGUGGCAGGACUCCGGCCGGCCCCGCGGCUACGCGCACGUGGCCUUCGCCGGCUCCAGCGGCGCGCAGGCGGCGUUCGGCCGCGACGGGCAGUACCUCAACGGGCGCUACCUCACGGUGCAGGCACCGCAAGAGCCCGCGACGGAGAAGGCGAGGCGAGCCAACCGCAAGGCGGAGCAGCCGGCGGGGUGCAGGACGGUCUUCGUGAAGAACUUGCCGUACGACGUGGAAGAGGACGCGGUCAGCGAGGCCCUCGCCGGCUGCGGGCGCAUCGCCUCCGUGCGCCUGGCCAUGUGGAACCACACUCGUAAGCUCAAGGGGUUCGGGUACGUCGAGUUUUCGACAGAGAGGGGGGCGGAGACGUGCGUCCGGACGCAGCAGAGCCUGUCCAUCGGGGGGCGGCCUCUGGUGGUCGACUUCGAGACGGGCGCGCCCAAGGGGUCCUUCCGGAGGCAGGACGGGGCUCAGAUAAAGAAGACCUCGGCCGACGCCGGGGUCGGGAAGGGGAAGGCUCCCAAAUUUAAGGUUCACCUUUGAGAGGGAGGGGGCGGGAGGUGAAGAGAGAACCGAAACUCCAUCCUUAUUGGUCAGUGAAAGGAGAGGAAAAGGCGAGCAUUGUGUGUCAUGAGUUUGCUGGCAGGUGGGCGUGCGGAUGGGGGGGGGG